AUGGGUUUUUGGAAAUCUUCUUAUGACAAGUUCAAGGGAAUCGAUAUGUUUUCCCACAAAUUCACUCUUAAUUAUAAUCAAAAGAAGAAGUAUCCUACUCUGGCUGGAACUAUAGUCUCGAUUGUAAUAACAGCCAUUUGUGUUUUUUAUGGAGUUAACUUGUUUACCAAGAUGAUUAAUCGCAGUAAGAUUAUGACGAAUAGUGGAAUUACUGGAACUACUUCAUUGAAAGAUCCCCUCAGUACAAACAUCAACGAUGAUGGGAUAUACUUGGCAUUCAGCUGGAUGGGUGGAACCGACCAUGACAUCGAUAUUAUUGGAGAAGGCCUUGGCCAACUUGCACUGUAUACGUUUACCACCUCGCUGGAUGAAGACAAUAUACUAAAGACUCCGCGCACAAUAAUCUCAUAUGAAAUUGAGAAGUGUAAUUCUACGACGUUUCCAUUCGACAAAGAGAGACUUGAUGAGUACUUCUCUCUGUCGAAGCAACAGAAGUACUACUGAUUCAAGAACAAAGAUAUGUUCAAGAUUGUGCAUCAGCACCAUACACUAGGCGAGAGUCUGAGCUUUGCAGUUUAUGGAGUGCUCUGACCCAAUGGAAAUUGCAACCAAACAAAGUUUGCAGAAGUCAGAGACUAUCAGUCGACAAUUUUUAUGAGUGCAAUCAAUCAGUACUAUGAUGCAUCAGAUCCUCAGAAUCCAGUGAAGACUGAGAUCGAUGAUCACCAUUUUGUGCAGCUUUCGAAGGGAGAUAGUUCUCUAUACCAAGUUGAUAUAUUAAGGAGUCAGUACGAAAUAGAGGAUUGGCAUUCUAUUAUCACUGGAGAAAAUUCCGGCGAGUUCUUAAGCUUAACAUACGGAAGUAGUGCUAUAAGUAAAAAUAAAUUUAACGCGACUGACGGGGUGUUCAUAUUUGAUGUCCAAGAUAGGAUUCGUUUUUAUAAUACUAAUGUCAUUAGCUUCCUAGAAGUCUUCGGACAAAUAGGAGGUGUUUAUGAGAUCUUAUAUCUCGCAUUUACCCUGAUAUUAAGAAGGCUCUCAGGUUUUUACCUAAAAAGGGAUAUCAAAAACAUUGAAAAACAAACUAGGGAUGAAGAAGGAUGGUUUUCGUAUCCAUCAAGCCUUAAAGGCAAUACUCAGAAGCAAAAGAAGAGGAGAGUUCAAGAUGAUCCAUUAAGUUUCUUCUCUUUUUCAGUUACUAAAAAUGGUAGAUCUGGAGCUCAGAAUUACGAUAAUGUUUUAGAUAGGAGCUCUGUUUAUAAAGAUGAAGAAACUCCUAUUGAAAAACUCCCAAAUCUAGAAGAGAUGAAGAAAAUGAUAAAAGUUCACUGCGAACUUAAGCAUGAACUUGACGUAGUGAGUAUUUCUCAAUCUUUGAGAGAACUAAAAUUGUAUGUUUCACUUCUAAUGGAAAAAUAUAAGGAGGAUGAAAAUUGCCAUGUUGAGACAACCCAGAAGAAUUCACAAAAAAUUAUGAAAAAUAUUUAGUUCUCAACUUGACCCAAACUAUCCUGAAGGCAAGAUCCCAGCAAAUAUUUUCAAAGAAGAUCCUAAGGAGAACAGCUCCAAAGAUGAGGAAGAGAAGGAUGAUGAUAGUGGUAAUAAAAACUCGCAUCACGUGAGUCUAUCACCACCUAACUUCUACACUCUCAAACUAUCAAAUGAUAAUUGGGGUAAUAACUUGUACUGAUCAAGCGUGGUGACUAGGAAAUCCAACAAAUAAG